AUAUCCAAAUUUCAACAAGGGGGCUGGGCUGCUCGCCUUCAUAGAAAGGCGACCGGGCCUAGAUUAGAUGUUCACCUUUUUAUAGAAUAGAAAGAGAAGGUAAAGGGGGGGGGGGUUGGAGAUUCUUUCAAGAAUGCAUGGCUUCCUCCUAUUCCGCUUCAACAGAAGCCCUUAAAAUCCUGCUGCUAUGGCAGCAAGGGUUAUCCAUUUCAUAGGUGAGGGUGGGGGAGAAGCAAGCCGAACCUCUGAUCGACCCGGACACGUCAAAAAUUCUCCACGCCGAGAGAAAGACGAGAUUCAGUAAGUAAUUCAGUGAGUGCUUUCUUUUAUAAGAAGAGCGUCGGCUUGGAAGAAGAAAAUGAAAUACGAACAACCGCGCUGGUUGUAAUAGAUCGACUUGAAUGCGUCUUCUUUCUCCAGCAUUCAAGUUCCAUUUCAAGGGAGGACGAUGUACCAUGAUACUUUCUGUUUUGUCGAGCCCUGCUUUGGUCUCUGGUUUGAUGGUUGCACGUGCUAAAAAUCCGGUACAUUCCGUUUUGUUUCCCAUCCUAGUCUUUUGCGACACUUCUGGUUUACUUAUUUUGUUAGGUCUCGACUUCUCCGCUAUGAUCUCCCCAGUAGUUCAUAUAGGAGCUAUUGCUGUUUCAUUCCUAUUCAUGGUUAUGAUGUUCAAUAUUCAAAUAGCGGAGAUUCACGAAGAAGUAUUGCGCUAUUUACCAGUGAGUGGUAUUAUUGGACUGAUCUUUUGGUGGGAAAUGUUCUUCAUUUUAGAUAAUGAAACCAUUCCAUUACUACCAACCCACAUAAAUACGACCUCUCUGAGAUAUACGGUUUAUGCCGGAAAGGUACGAAGUUGGACUAAUUUGGAAACAUUGGGCAAUUUACUUUAUACCUACUAUUCCGUCUGGUUUUUGGUUUCUAGUCUGAUUUUAUUAGUUGCUAUGAUUGGGGUAUAGUACU